GAUGCGGAUGGCAUCUGGAUGAGCUCCAGUCGCCAAACAAACGCUCUCCUCAGUUCAAGGGCUUGGAUAACUCUGACCAGUGUCUCUCCAGUUUCUCCGCCAUUAAAAAAAUGGAACCUGAGGAUUGUGACCAAACGGAUAAUUACAAUAAUAACAUAACCCAAAAUGAUCAUUUUCCAACACCAGAAGCGCGAAUCGACCUGGAAAUGAUGGAGUGGUUAUCUCGACUUCAAAAUAAUCGAAGGCUACCCGAUUCCGUUUUCUAUCCGCUUUUAUUCGCGUACGCCAUUAUGAUCAUGUUCGGCGUGCUGGCCAAUGGCUUAAUUAUCACAUUGGUACUGCGCCAACGUUCCAGGCACCAGUUGCGUCACCUGUUGAUGAUUAAUUUGUCCGUUUCGGAUUUGUUGCUGUGUCUGGUGACGAUGCCUCUGACGUUCAUGGAGUUGGUCUGCUUCAGUUGGCCGCUGGGAAAUUAUCCGUUGCUUUGCAAGUUGGCCGGCUCGAUGGAAGGCGUUUCGGUCUACUGUUCGACGUUGACGAUCGCCAGCAUCGCCAUGGAUCGCUACCAUCUGAUCGUGUUUCCCGUCCGCAGAGAAGGUCCCAUUGGAUACUGGACUGUUUCGUGUCUCCUGCUGGGCAUCUGGACAGGAAGUCUACUCUUGGCCUGUCCCCUCUUUCUCUUCCGCUCGUUGAAGCACUUGCCUUUAAAUGAGGAAUUGCUGGGCAUCCCUUCCAUCGAGUUCUGCGUCGAAGAAUGGCCCGAUUCAUCGCCGGCCGCUCUGAUUUACUCACUGGCCAGCACGUUGUUCCAGUUCCUCAUUCCGGCCAUUAUCAUCGUGUUCGCUCACGCGUCCAUUUGCGCCCGUCUUCGACGCAGAUUUCAAGGUACCAGUCGUCGUGCGGGAGCGCACAGACCUAAAACGCAUCACUUACUCUCGGCCAUCGCUUUGACGUUCGCCCUGUGCUGGAUCCCGCUAAAUUUGUUUAACAUCCUGGACGCUUUUUUCUUCGUUCUGUCCGAUGACCAGCAAUUGAAAUUGACUGUCUACGCCGUCUGCCACUUGGCCGGCAUGAGUUCAGCGUGUCUCAAUCCGGUUUUCUACGGUUGGCUGAAUCACAAUCUGCGAUCAGAACUCGUCCGACUGUUCCCGCAGCUCGUACGCUACACGAAAACGGCCUCCAACACCAAUACGACGGCCAACAACAAUACGACCAUUCAAGCCCAGCUCACCUUGGCCGAUGCUAUUUCGUACGUUUAAAAAUUUCUCUUUUUUUCAAAUUUUUUAGUAGAAUUUGAAUUUUUCAAUCAACGCCAUCUGGUGUCCCGCAAUGCUUCUUAACAAAUUGUUGUGUGUGUUACGCUUGCAAUCAAGUUGUUCCUCCGGUUAAAUUUUGAAGACAAAGAUGGCUAUUGGUGACCGUGAAGCAUUGUUGCCUUUCUCUCCAAUCACGGACAAUCUAAUAAAAAAAAAAAAAAUAAAACCAUAAAAAGGAAAUGUGUGUCAAAUAACCGCUGGAGACGCUUCUAUUUUUACGACGUAUCCGUGCGAAAAAAUUGUAAUAACUCUUGUUUAAUAACCAUUUCAGAUGUCAAAAAACAAUAUGUUAUUUUUUCUUUAAAAAAAAAUUUGAA